ACUACCCCAGACGGUCGUGGUUUCCCCGCUCUCUGCAAAAUCACGACGAUACGAAAACUACCGGUGUGAGUGCAUUUUCCGAAUAUGUUCGCUAUUUUUAAAAGAAUCUUCCUACAACGCUCUUCCUUCUUUUUAUUAAUAUAUAUCACAGGAAUAUGUUUAUCCCUCGCAAAGGAUUUUAAAACAAUUAUAGAGAUCCCCAAUCAAGGAAAACUUCGCGGGGUUGAGCUGUCCAAAUUAAGAAUACAAAAGAUCAUAGCUUACUAUGGUAUUCCAUACGCUCAAGCUCCGGUGAAUAAUCUGAGGUUUGCACCACCUGUAACUGAUCCGUUGCCAGCUUGGGAUGGGGUUAAAAAUGACACGGAAUAUGCUCCUUCCUGUUUACAAACCGAAGAGGACUAUAAGGAAUCAGAAAAACCGUUCCUGCAGUUGAUUUCUAAAUUGAACUUUACUUUAGCUGAAGACUGCUUGUACUUGAACGUUUUUAUACCUUAUGGAGACGAGCCUAAACAAGGAUUUGCUACAGUAAUCUGGUUUCAUCCAGGAAAUUUCACAACAGGCACUCCAGCCAUGUGGAAUCCUCACACCCUUGUUUAUCGCCAGAGAGUAAUUAUCGUAACAGUUAGCUUUAGACUAAAUAUAAUGGGCUUCUUUACCACUAUGGAUGGCGAGGCAUCUGGAAAUUUUGGGCUGCUUGACCAACAGGCCGCGAUGAUGUGGGUGAAGAAGAAUAUUAAGCUGUUUGGUGGGAAUUCCGAUAACAUUUGUAUCAUGGGUUACGGUACAGGAGCUAUGAGCGUUGGACUGCAUUUGAUUAAUCCCCAGUCCAGAGGGCUAUUUAAUAAAGCCAUUGCCAUGAGUGGUAAUAUUUUGGAUCCCUCUGAGAUAAAUCAUGCCAAAGAAUUGGACAAAAAUUUAUUGGAUUUACUGCAUAGCAGCUUUGGUUGCGACAGAAAGCCAACGUCAGCAUUGAUCCAAUGUCUACGACACGCAGACGCAGAGGCACUGGUUCAGCAAACCGUAAACGUCAACUGGAGACCGAUUUUAGACGCCGAAAUCACCAACAGCAGUACACCGUUUUUAUCAGAUCUUCCGAUAAGACAUUUUGAAAGAGGCGAUUAUGAGAAAGUUCCUUUGCUUAUAGGUUAUACCCACAUGGAACAUAUUUUGGAAAUCGAUAGUCUGAAAAAUAUUACCAGUACUUCCAAUGAUUAUCUUCAGGCAUUGUUAACGGAUCUUAUAAGUGGUGAUAUUCCAGUAGUAAAUAACUCUGAGUCUUCCUGUGUUUACAAUUCUGACCAUCUGAUUGAUGCUGUCAUGUUUUUCUAUGGUCCUUCUACUCCUGUAAAAGACUCUGAGUCUUUCAGAGAGAUUUUAAUAAACUUCCUCACAGAAAGAAACGUGGCUUCCUCAGCAGUUCAAUUAGCUUCAUUAGUCAGCAAAGAUCAGCCAACUUAUGUGUACAGAUUCGACAUGAAACCUAGUACACCAGCAGCUGUUACUAAUUUACCAGAAUGGGCCACUGUGCCACACUUGUUUGACUUACUGUAUGUUUGGGGUGUACCUUACUGGAGUACCAGCCAGGAAUGGGAUAUCAGAGAUAAACGGAUUUCAGACACAAUCAUGUCUUUCUGGAUGAACUUUGCUAAAUCUUCCAAUCCCACGGAAAACAGUAUUUAUCCAGUAACCUGGGAGAAGUAUACGGAGGAAAGUCCUGGAAUAUUGAUUAUUGAUGGAAACUUCAAUAUGAGUAAUCCAAAAAACUUAAAUUACAAGGCAUUUGAUUUUUGGAAUAAAUAUUACCCCAAAGUAAAAGCAGUAGCUACUCAGUGUUGUGAGUCUUUUGAUGCUGGUUCGAGUUUGCAAACACACUUCUUGAUACGAACUAUCCCUUUGUUUCUACUUUGUUAUCGUUUUAUAAAAGUCAUGUUUUAAAUUAAAUCAUAACUUUUAAAUAUAAAAGAUAAUUUAAGGUACAAAUUUUAUCCUAAAAUUAAACUACUUUGAUUUGUAUAAAUCUAAAUUUGAUUUGUAUAAAUCUAAAUAUAAUAUCCAAUA